CCUUGCUGCUGGCGGAGCGGAUCGGUUUGCAGCGUUAGCCAUGUCAUCCGAGCCUCCCCCACCGCCGCAGCCCCCCACCCACCAGGCGUCAGUUGGGCUGCUGGAUACCCCGAGGGGCCGAGAGCGCUCGCCGUCCCCUCUGCGAGGCAACGUGGUCCCCAGCCCACUGCCCACUCGCCGGACGAGGACCUUCUCUGCGACGGUGAGGGCUUCCCAGGGCCCUAUCUACAAAGGGGUCUGCAAAUGCUUUUGCCGAUCGAAGGGUCACGGCUUCAUCACCCCGGCCGAUGGCGGCCCCGACAUCUUCCUGCACAUCUCAGACGUGGAAGGAGAGUACGUCCCAGUGGAAGGUGACGAGGUCACCUAUAAGAUGUGCUCCAUCCCCCCCAAGAACGAGAAGCUGCAGGCCGUGGAAGUGGUCAUCACCCACCUGGCGCCAGGCACCAAGCACGAGACCUGGUCUGGGCACGUCGUCAGUUCCUAG